UAGACAUAAUAAAGGUAGAACGUGGAGCUCCAAAGAGCCGUUAGAAACAAUUAACCUCGAGUUGAAGACAAUGAAGUCUCAGGAGAAAAGUGUUAAGUUUCGUGAUUUCAUGGGUAUUGCGGUUGUUUGCUAUGAAUCGCUGGGAAUCGAUGCAUUCGCUCCACAAGGAAAGCGAAACAUUCUGGGGAAGAUUUUUCAAGUUUUCAUCUUCGUUCUGGGCACUGGGAAUUUGUUUUUGGCAGCCGUAUUGGAAAUCGUCUAUUUCACAAAGUCGUUUGGAGUAUUUAAAGAUAUUAUCGAAAUAACAGCACUGCUUCCUUGCACCAUUAUUAGCACUGCAUCGGUAACGAAAAUCGUGGCAGUUUGGAGCAAAAACGCCCAACUGACCGCAAUUUUACAUCAACUUCAGGAUGUUUCCGCAAACUGUUGCUGAACAAGAAAAAUUUGACAUCGAAUGCUAUCGAAAGCAUAUACGGAGAGUGAUACUCCCUUGCGCUGUAUUGACCAUGAUGACAGGAGUGAUGUUCAAUUCUUAUGAAAUAUCCGAGUCAACAAUUAAUUACUUUCGCACUGGACAUUUUGAAAAAACUUAUCAAUAUUUUCUCUGGUAUCCUUUUGAUGAUCAGACGAAUUGGGCCUACCCGAUAAUUUAUUUGCAUCAAUCUUACGCGGGUUAUGUAGCUGUGGGUGCUGGUAUAGCGACGGAUUUACUUCUGUGUUGCAUUAUCACCCAACUUCAAAUGCAUUUCGACUUUAUUUCGAGGCAGCUUUUGGAAAUGGUACCCAGAGGAGGGCCAAAUGAUAUGCGUUGUUUGAAGCAGUUGAUUCAGCAUCAUGUGACAAUUUUGCGAUUUUCUGAGGAAACUAACGAUGUUUUUGGCAUUUCGAGCCUCUGUACUUUCUUGUCGUCAUCUCCGAUCAUUUGUUUUACUGGAUUUCAAGUGUCAAUCGGCGCCGCCAACAGAGUUAUCGGUAAAUAUAUUCUGUUUCUGAUACAUCAGUCACUUACAGUGUUUGCGGUGUGCUACCAUGGAAAUAUCGUGAUUGAUUCGAGCCUUGAAGUGGCCGAUGCUGCCUAUGGUCAGCAUUGGUUUCAAGCCAGCAAAGAAUACAAGAAAAUGUUGUUGAUUUUAAUAACCCGAGCAAAUAAUCCUUCAACAUUGAAAGCCACGAGCUUCGUAACUGCUUCGUUGAUGACGUUCAGCAGUAUUAUAAGUACUUCAUAUCAGUUCUUCGCAUUGGUGAGGACAAUGUACAGCGAUGGCUGAGUUGGUGAGAACUGGAGACUUUGCCUUAAAUGAAGUGAAGUGGACCAUUUUAAUUUCAAUUGUUAAAUCAAUUCAGCUGUUAUUGAAUAGAGGAAAGAAAUGAUUAAUAAAG